UUGCAGUUUAGAGAGGUGCGUUAAAAAACCUGACCUGCCUUAAAGUGUCCCGAGAUUCUGGAGCCUGCUGCCAACCCUAAACCUAACCCAAUGUAACAGCAACCCCCCUUCUCAGAAAACUAAGCGUUCAACACAUUCCUGCAAGGAGUUUUGCAAUGGAAAGCAACCUGCUUUCCACCUCGAAUCUAAUGCCACUCAAUUGUACCUAUGCUUUUUUUGACCGCUCGCAGUAGCCGUCCGGUUUCAGCCCGUCAGUUUUGAGUUUCACGUUUUCCUCACUUCAUGCUAAUCUCCCACUCGGGACUCCGCUGAUCAGCCUGGCUCGCAUUGAAAACAGGGUUUAGUGACAUUCACACUGCGAGCGAGUGAGUGAGUGAACGCGUAGCAGCAAACCAACUAAUGCGAACGAUGGAUUUUAACUUUACCCAGUCUGCGAUUUUCGCCGGGAUCUCGGUAUUGCUCCAGACACUCUUGUUGUGCUCAACCGCGGCAAGUUUGGAACCGUACGACCUGCUGUACGCAAGCGGCGUUGAGGCAUUUUAUAGACACGAUUAUGAGAAUGUGGUGCGCUACAUGGAGAAAGCCCUCGCAAGCUACACCGAGCUCCGGCAGACCAAGGUCCAAUGCAGACUCGGGUGCAAUGAUCAGCACCCGUUUGAUGCAUCCUUUUCGGACUUGGCGUUCUUCAGUGCAGUGCUCAAAAGGGCAGCUUGCUUGAACGAAUGCAUGGAGAGUAAAGUCGGGCAACAGCUGUCUGUGCACCUGGUCAGUGGGGAUGUCGUUCAAGACUUCAACAGAAGGGUCCCUUAUAACUAUCUCCAGCUAGCUUACUAUAAGUUGAAUCAGCUGGACAAGGCAUCAGCGGCAGCCCACACCUUCUUCCUGGCCAACCCCGAGCACAUGGAGAUGUGGCAGAACCUGGAGCACUACAAGCUGCUGGAGGGGGUGCAGGAGAGCCACUUCCAGGACAGGGAGGCUCGGCCACACCAGCAAGCCUUCACCUCUGGAGUAAAGCACUACGAUGCAGGGGACUAUGAGAAGGCCAUCUCGUUCUUCGAGGAGGCCCUGCUGGAGUAUGGCAAGGCGGACGUGGAGUGCAGGGCGCUGUGCGAGGGGCCACAGAAGUUCGAAGAGCACGAGUACCUGGAUUAUUACCCCGGCCUGUACAAGGCCAUCUCAGAUCACUACACGCAGAUCCUGAUCUGUGAACAUGAGUGUGUGCGUGACCUGGCCACCCGCCCCGGCCGGCUGUCCCCGAUGGAGAACUACCUGCCCCUGCAUUACGACUACCUGCAGUACGCCUACUUCAAGGUGAAUGAGAUUGAGAAAGCGCUGGAAUGUGCCUGGACCUACCUGCUCUUUCAUGAAGGAGAUGAGUUUAUUACCGAUAACAUCGAGUUCUACAAGGAGGCUCUAGCUGAGAACAACAGGCCCCAGGACAUCAGACCACGCCAGGAUGCUGAGAGGUAUGUGAGGCGUCACCAGCAGGAACUGAAGGUCCUGCUAGUGGGGAGUGACAAUCUGGAUUUCGUUUACUCCGAGCCGAAUUACUGGAGCACCACGUUCGGCAGAGAGGAUAUAAACAGGGUCCCUUCAGGAACUGCCAUUGGUGUGCGCUCCAGCUCUCCGUCAGAGAAGAGGACCCUGGCUUCAGAAACGGAUCCAGGACUGCGGGAAGGUGGGCCGGUGCCCUAUGACGAAGUGCAGAUAGUUUUGGGCUCCGAGGCGCUCAAUGGCUCCCAGCGAGUCCUGCUCGACGGAGUGCUCUCGGAGCAGGAGUGCAGGGAUCUCAAGAGCGCAGCGCAGACGAUCACUAUGGCUGGAGAUGGUUACAGUGGGAAGAUGUCGCCCCACACGCCCAAUGAGAAGUUUGAAGGGGCAACGGUGCUGAAAGCCCUACAGUACGGCUAUGACGGGCGGAUCCCAUUGAAAAGCGCCCAGUUGUUUUACGAGGUCAGUGAGAAGGCGCGGAGGACCAUUGAGUCCUAUUUCAUGCUGAACUCCACCCUGUAUUUCUCAUACACCCACUUGGUGUGCAGGACAGCAAUCCAAGGCCAGCAAAGCCAUCGGAACGACCUGAGCCACCCGAUCCACGCAGAUAACUGCUUACUGGACACUGAGGCCUUCGAAUGCUGGAAGGAACCCCCUGCGUACACAUACAGAGAUUACAGUGCUAUUUUAUACCUGAAUGGAGAUUUCGAUGGCGGGGAGUUUAUCUUCACUGAGAUGGAUGCCAAAACAGUCACUGCCUCAGUGAAGCCCAAUUGCGGGCGCAUGGUGGGCUUCUCGUCAGGUGGUGAGAACCCGCAUGGCGUGAAGGCUGUCACCAGGGGGCAGCGCUGCGCCGUGGCCAUGUGGUUUACACUAGAUCCACUCUUCAGAGAACUGGAGAGGCUACAGGCGGACGAGGUGAUGCAGUCUCUAGAUGAUGAACACCGGAUGGACAUUCUCAACCCAAGGGAUGAGUUAUAAACUCAUUCAGAAUGACAUGGAACGUUAUGUUAAUUAAUAUCUAUUUAUUUAAGAGCGUUCAUUUUAACGGAAGGGUUUAUUUUUGUACCAUGUGUCAAUAUAGUGUGAAAAACGUUUUUUUGAUGAGAUCUAACGGAUAACGCGGCAUGACGGUACUUGAGUGUUUUUUGUUUGUUUUAUUGUUUCGUGUGUUGCCUGUUCUGUAGCAUUGUUUGACUUCCAGGCCACCCAAAGCAAACCUAAACUUCAGCCCGUUUCACUGCUAGUUUCAUGAGUGUAUCGGACAGGUGUGGCUCCACGCAGUGAGUUUUGUACCUACCCAUUUUUUUUUUUUUUUUUUUUCUUAAUCCUAGUUUUUAUAAAUAUGUUUCAAAGCUGGUCAUACUAAGGAGUUCCACGUAGCAUUUCCUUUCCCUUAGGGUCUCCUGUCCCUAUUGUAAUGCAAUAGGGACAGAUUGGAAUGCAAAUGAGUUCCAGUAUUGUAUAAAGGAUGCACUUCCUAGGUGCUAGGCUGCUUGUGUAACAAUGAUCUGAGCAGCGCAGCUGAGACACAGAGCUGGAGGGUCUGAAUCGAAGCAAGGCUGUUAAAAUGACCAAAUGAAAUGACGGUGAAGAGCAGCAGUCCAAAGGGAUGGGUCACUCACAGCACUUUAAACCACUGCAAACUCCUCACCUGGAGUCCAGUUUCUUGUAUUCAUUUUGUCCAACAGCUCCAUCACUCCUCUGCAGAACCUUAUUCUGAGUAAAGACAUUUAAAAACUAAGUUCAUACCUGUUUUUCAAGCUAUGUUAUGUAAAGGGCGCUCAUGAAGCCAGCUAAUUAAACGGUGCUACAGUACAUGUCUUUGUUAGGUAGCUGCUAUUUUAAUUGUCAAAAUUGAUGAUCAAAGAUCGUUUUUUAUGUUGUUGCCAUUCUUUUUUUUUUUUUUCUAGAACGUGGUAUUUUAAUUGAUUUCCUAUUUCAAGGAACUUCUCGCCUAUGUUUUAUUGUUCUGUGGACGGUUCAUGCCAAAGAGCUGUGUUGAAGAAAAAAGCUUUUCCAUGCAUGUCCCAUGGCCACUGCACAGACUGUAUAUGCUGGGAGUACUGGCAGUCUUUAUCUGAAGCAUCCACUACAUCCAGUUGUUUUUAGAUUAAGAGGAUUUGCAUUUUUUUGUUUUGUUUUUAGGACAUUACUUGGUGGGAAAGGCCACUUGUUUUCUUUUCUUUGCAAAUGUAUUUUGAAGGCAGGACUUCUUUAGUUGAAAAUGAGUAGCUUCCCGCAAGCGAUGAAGGUGUCUGAUUUUUCUUUUUACCUUUUCAGAUGUCGAUUGUAAAUUUAAGAAUGCUGUUGUAUAUCAAGAAUGGUCUUUCUUAUGUAUUAUUAUUAUUAUUAUUAUUAUUUAAUUAAGUUAUUGUUCAACUAGAGAUUCAUUUUUUAGCUAUUAAAGCAAUAUUUUCUUGCA